CAUAAAUUUCACUUGCAGUCUUGCAUUGAUAACAUAACCUCCAAACGAAGAUUUGUUUUGAAUAUAAUUUGUAUCUUCAGCUACAAAAUGUAAGAAUUAUGAUAAUUUUAUUAUCUAAAUAUUUCAUCGAAGUGUAUAGUGUGACGGGAAAUAAUUCCUAGGCUAUUUGAGUUACAAAAACCACUUGGGAAUAAAUAUUGGACACAUUGGAUAAAAUCAUAAAUUCGCUACCACUAGCAUGGUAAUAAUAUGUUAAAAUACAAUGGAUUCUAAAUAUGCUUCAAUCAGUGCAGAAAAUGCAAAGUCUGCCAAUAAGAGAAAACAUAUUUUAUCCAUUAAUAAGCUUAACAUAAAGAAAGCAAAGACACCUUUGAAUGCAACUCACAUCAAAAUCUCACCUAAUAACGGUGAUAUAAAUGUCAAAAAGAGUGACCAUGAAGUGGAAAAGACGGCAAUUUCUGAAGAUCUACAAGAAGCAAGGAAGAAGCUGCCUGUGUAUGCAGUGAGAAAUAGAAUCCUUGAAGAAAUUAGAAAGAAUGAUACAAUGAUUCUUAUUGGUGAAACUGGCAGUGGCAAGACUACACAGAUACCACAGAUUAUCCAUGGGGCGCGCCUGGAGGGGGCAGGGGCCAUCGCCAUCACACAGCCCCGCAGAGUGGCUGCCAUCACCAUAGCACUCCGAGUUGCUGCUGAAUCUAAAACCGAAGUGGGAUCCAUUGUUGGAUAUACAGUGAGGUUUGAAGAUGUGACAAGUCCUAGGACUAAGAUAAAGUAUAUGACAGAUGGUAUGCUCCUGCGUGAGGCCAUCAUAGAUCCCCUUCUGAAGGCAUACUCGGUGGUGGUGCUGGAUGAGGCUCAUGAACGCACCGUCAGCACUGAUGUCCUGUUCGGUAUCAUCAAGAUAGCACAGAAAGAGAGGACUGAGAAGAAAUUAACUCCUCUCAAGGUCAUAAUAAUGUCUGCCACGAUGGAUGUUGAUACAUUCAGUAAGUACUUCAACAACUGUCCUGUGAUCUACUUGGAAGGGCGGACCUAUCCUGUCACUAUUUUCCACUCAAAAUCACCACAUGAGGACUAUGCAUAUGCGGCUGUAUGCACAAUAUUCCAGCUCCAUUCCACUAUGCCAUCCAACCAUGACUUCCUGGUAUUCUUGACUGGCCAGGAAGAAAUUGAGAGUGUUAUAUACAACAUCAAACAGAUAGCUAAAAGUGCGGCCGGCCCGCCGCUGAAGCUGUGUCCGCUGUACGCGGGGCUGCCGGCCGGCAAGCAGCUGCAGGUGUGGCGCGCGGCCCCCGCCGGCAGCAGGAAGGUGGUGCUCGCCACCAACAUCGCCGAGGCCUCCGUCACCAUACCCGGCAUCAAGUGCGUCAUCGACACCGGGAUGGUGAAAGAGAGGACGUGGUGCGGCGGCACGGGCGCGGAGCGUCUCCGCGUGUGCCGCUGCGCGCAGGCGGCGGCGUGGCAGCGCGCGGGCCGCGCGGGGCGGGACGCGCCCGGCCGCGCCUACCGCCUCUACACGGCCAAGGACUUCCAGGGGAGAGCCGCGCAUAAUGCGCCCGAGAUUGUUAGGUGUCCACUAGCGCCGACGAUUCUGUCGCUGAUCGCGAUGGGCGUGGAGCCCAACACGUUCCCUCUGAUCAACGCGCCGCCCGCCGACUCUGUCAGGACUUCUUUGAACCUGUUGCGGGAACUGGGAGCUGUAGAGAACGUGGACACGACACCGACGCUGACUGUUUUGGGCAAAAAGAUGGCGGCGUUCCCCAUUGACCCGAAAUAUUCAAAAAUUCUCUUGAGUGCUCCGGAGUACGAUUGUUUGGACGAGGCGCUAAGUCUAGUGGCGAUACUGUCGAGUGAGAACGUGUUCCACGCGCCGAUGCACAAGAGGGAGGAGGCGUUGAAGGUGAAACAGAAGUUCGUAUCGCCGCUCGGCGACCACAUCACGCUGCUAAACGUGUUCAAAGCCUUCUGCAAAGCUACGCUAAAGAAGCAAUGGUGCAAAGAAAACUACUUGAAUCACAAGAACCUAACUUACGCGUGCGAAGUGCGGCAACAACUACUGAAGAUCUGCCAGAGAUUCAACCUGACCGUCUCUAGCUGCGGGCAAGCUCAUGAACAGGUGCUAAAGUGCCUACUCACAGGCCUGUUCAGCAACUGCGCGUGGCUGCGCGAGACGGCGGCAGUGGGCGGCGCGCGCUACGUGACGGCCGGCGGCGUGCCCGCGCGACUGCACCCCGCCUGCGCCCUGCUCCCCGCGCGCCCCCCCGCGCUCGUCUACUCCGAGCUGUUGCAUACCACUAGGGCGUAUCUCGUGACGGCGUCGGCGGUGCAGGCCAAUUGGCUGCCGGGAGGUAAAAGGGCUAGAUGACGAAGGAACGGACGGUAGGGUUUGGAUAGACUAUAAACUAAAUUUGACACGUGGCAAACCCUAGCUCAAGUGUUUGUCGGCACGGUAAGAAGUGGAUGCUGUACCGAAUUUUCAUAAAGAGAGAGUCAGUACCGUUAACUUUUAGGAGACUAUUUAUGUGAAACAAGGUAUAGUUAAAUUGAAGUGGAGUUAUGGUGACGAUGUGGUUAUGAUAGCAUUGAACAGAAGUUAAUUGCCUGAGUUUCCAGGCGUUUAGUAGGUAGGUAUAUUUUUUAUAUUUCGUUACCUUAGAUCACAUCUGAAAUCACGAAAAAACAGCUGUAGCUUACAUUUUGGAUGUGUAGGUAUAAGCACUAUGAAAUAGCUGUUUAUUUUUUGCUAUUUCAGAGUUGUUUUCAUAAAAGUACUAAAUAGUAAGCUCGGUAGUCGGGCCCACUAACCCGCCGACGGGAAGUGCACUAAUAACAUUGGAUCCUGUAUAAUAGGUGAGAACAAGUUAUCUUAUGCCAUACAUAUUUUUGAACAUAUUAAGUUGUAUACCAAUUAUUAUGUUUCAAGUAGUUUUAUCUUAAUUAGUGUUUUAGAGAUUUACUUCUAAGUUAUAGAGUAAAAUGUGAAAAUAACAGGCUUUUAUAUCCGAACAGUUAAUGUUUU